CAGUUAGUGAGGAUAAAGUCAUCCUACAGGCGCCCCCUGGUGCCCAUGAGGGGGAGGAGCUGACUCUCAGAUGUUACACUCGCCCUGAAUAUAAAACAACAAACACAACAGUUUUUUACAAGAACAAAUUAACCAUUCGGCCCCUGGGCUCAGACUCCCUUGUGCUUGGGGGGGCACAGACCCACAUGUCGGGGCCAUACAGCUGCCAAACAAAGUUAUAUAUUAAGUCUGUAGGUGUCACUAAUAAAUACUCAUCUCCUGAGGAACAUCUUUCAGUCACAGAGCUGUUCAGUUCCCCACAAAUAAAAGUGAGGCCAGAUCAGGUGACAGAAGGAGAUCACAUGACCAUAACAUGUGACACAAAGCUCAGCCCACACAGAGAGACUACAGAGCUGCAGUUUGCUUUCUACAGAAAUGGGCACAAUGUGCAGGGAUUCAACUCAUCCAACCAAUAUGGAGUCCCCUCAGCUCAGCUGGAGGAUUCUGGGAAAUAUACCUGUGAGGUACAAACUCCAACCGGUAGUGUGAGGAAGAGGAGCUACCUGGCUUAUAUUCAAAUACAGGAGCUGUUCAGUUCCCCACAAAUAAAAGUGAGGCCAGAUCAGGUGAUAGAAGGAGAUCACAUGACCAUAACAUGUGACACAGAGCUCAGCCCACACAGAGAGACUACAGAGCUGCAGUUUGCUUUCUACAGAAAUGGGCACAAUGUGCAGGGAUUCAGUUUAUCCAACCAAUAUGGAGUCCCCUCAGCUCAGCUGGAGGAUUCUGGGAAUUAUACCUGUGAGGUACAAACUCCAACCGGCAGUGUGAGGAAGGGGAGUGCCAUGGCGCAUAUCCACAUACAGGAGCUCUUCCCUUACCCACAAAUAAAAGUGAGGCCAGAUCAGGUGACAGAAGGGGAUCACAUGACCAUAACAUGUGACACAGAGCUCCGCCCACACAGAGAGACUACAGAGCUGCAGUUUGCUUUCUACAGAAAUGGGCACAAUGUGCAGGGAUUCACUUUAUCCAACCAAUAUGGAGUCCCCUCAGCUCAGCUGGAGGAUUCUGGGAAUUAUACCUGUGAGGUACAAACUCCAACUGGCAGUGUGAGGAAGAGGAGCAGUGAGGUGGAUUUCCAGUUACAAGAAUUGCCACCAUUCACUCUGGUGAAAGUGAGUGCAUAUCAGGUGACAGAAGGAGAUCACAUGACCAUAACAUGUGACACAAAGCUCAGCCCACACAGAGAGACUACAGAGCUGCAGUUUGCUUUCUACAGAAAUGGGCACAAUGUGCAGGGAUUCAACUCAUCCAAGCAAUAUGGAGUCCCCUCAGAUCAGCUGGAGGAUUCUGGGAAUUAUACCUGUGAGGUACAAACUCCAACUGGCAGUGUGAGGAAGGGGAGCAACAUGGCGCAUAUCCACAUACAGGAGCUGUUCAGUCCCCCACAAAUAAAAGUGAGGCCAGAUCAGGUGACAGAAGGAGAUCACAUGACCAUAACAUGUGACACAGAGCUCAGCCCACACAGAGAGACUACAGAGCUGCAGUUUGCUUUCUACAGAAAUGGGCACAAUGUGCAGGGAUUCAACUCAUCCAAGCAAUAUGGAGUCCCCUCAGCUCAGCUGGAGGAUUCUGGGAAUUAUACCUGUGAGGUACAAACUCCAACCGGCAGUGUGAGGAAGAGGAGCAACAUGUCGCAUAUCCACAUACAGGAGCUGUUCAGUACCCCACAUAUAAAAGUGAGCCCCGAUCAGGUGACAGAUGGAGAUCACAUGACCAUAACAUGUGACACAAAUUGCAAAAAUACUACAGAGCUGCAGUUUGCUUUUUAUAUAAAUGGGAGAAAAGUGCAAAAUUUCAGUUCAUCUUAUGAAUACAGAGUUCCCUCAGUUGCACCAAAGGAUUCUGGGAGAUAUACCUGUGAGGUAAAAACUCCAACCGGCAGUGUGAGGAAGAGGAGCAGCGCAUUUUAUUUCCAGUUACAAGGCCGACAAAACUCCUUCCUACUGCUGAAUGUAACCAGACUGAUAUUGGCUCCCAUUAUAUUCAUAUGGACAGUGUUCCUGAUCUUUCACCAUAUAAAGUCACUGAGAUCUACAGACCGGGCAGAGAAGACCGUGGAAAGAAUGGAAAUGGACUAUGUAAAUGUAAUGUAAUGUAAAUAUAAUCAUCUCUCCCACCAUAAGGAAUAGAUAGGGGUGUUUGUAUCAGGGAAAAUUCUGCUGUUGAAUUUAUAUUUCAUUUCUUACCCCCCAAAGAAUAUACAGGUACCUGUACCCAGAUAAGAGAUCUUUAUGUAAUUUGAAUAUCCAUACCUCCUAACUUAAGCCUACUGAAAAAUCAUAUAAACAUUAAACCCAAUAGGGCUGUUCUGCCCCAAUAAGGGGUAAUUAUAUCUUAGUUGGGAUCA